AUGUUCUUUCCCUUGGCAUUCACUUGAGCUCAUUGUCUCAUUGAGGGUGGAAGUUUAUUCAGGAUGAAGGUUCUCCUUUCUUUCGUGGCUCUUUUUGCCUUUGCUGCUGCAAAUAGUCAAUUUGCGGGGGAACUGCGAGCAUUCCAUCGGGAUUUUACGGACUUUCACUACGACCUCAACUACUUCCUUCGUUUUCAACGCCUGGAUUCUUCCGAGGAGAUUGCUGACUUUAAUCGAGUUUCCCUCGACAGAGCAUGGGACUCCGUUUCAUCCAUCAAAGAUUCCGCUCAGUCAGCUCGUGAUGCCAUCAAUCAGCGAGCUCAGGAGAUUGGGAAUCAGAAUCCCUGCCUCAUUGCCCUCAGUGAGCGUCUCCAGGAACGCGAAGCCGAAGCUGGACAGAGCAUCAAUCGUUGCGCUGUUCUCGCAGAAAGUGACUACUCUGCCGGUUUGGGUACAGGCUACUUUGGCACAAUCAACUACGCCCAGCGAAUGGCCAGUUUUACCCUCCUGCAAACCCUCUACACGAUUGGAACCUACAAUCCCGUCACGUGGGAGGAUCAAAUUCGUUUCGAACUGCAAAUUACAUGGGACUACCGCGAAAGCAUCCGCAUGGCAGACUCCCUUGCGUACUACCUCAAUGAGGUCCGCACAGGAAUGAACAUUGCCAACAUUAACUUCCACAACUGUGUCCUCACAGCUUCCAGUCUCUUUGGUGGUGACGCCACCAGGAUAGGCAACGACGCUCAGAGCUGCUAAUUUGGCGCUACAUCUGUUUGUGUACUCACGUUGCCAGAAAUAAAUGGGAUGAUUUUCUCAAACUUA